AGUUCCAAAUGGAGCUUGCACAGGCCAGGAACGCCAAUCCACUCCAUUCUGUGAGUCAACGACCGGGCAUCCGUCUGCCUCCGGAGAGAUACUGCCUGUCGGCUGUCAACUACCAAGUGGACAUUGACGAGAACGACUACAACGCUGAGGGUAUCCCUGCAACCGAACCACCCAAGACAGCCACAUCCACAACCACAAACACAGCCACGAACGCAGCUACAAACUCAAGUACAGGUGCAAGUAGUUCGACAGACAAGCCUGCACAGACCGCGGCAGGCAAGUUCAAGAAACCCGCACCCGCGGCUAUCUCUGUGCAGGUAGCGGCGAAUGCAGUCGAGAAUGCGUACAACGGCAGUGGUCAAGCACCCGCCGGGUUCACGAUGGGGGCUAUUAAGAGAUCCAGGGACUUCAGCAACGACGACGAUGAUGAUUAUGACUAGUCACGUGAAUAGCAAUGUCCGUGCGUGUAUGAGCCUGGUACGUAUUCAGAGGUGUUCACAUAAUCGUGGAUAUAGAGCCGGCCGACAAUACGCUGGGGCAUUGCGAUAAUUCCUGAUACUCUCGCAAGCAAGCAAGAUGGCUGUGACUAGGAGGCCGGUAUGCGUGUAUGGAGGUGAUAUUAGUAGGAGAAUUAUGAUAGGCAUACACUAUGCCCAGGUUGCUGAACUAAGACAUCUGAGCGUGGCCUUACCGACAAUGGCUCGCGGUCCAAGAACGAAGAAGCAUCGCAAGUGCUAGGAUUUCUUUCCGUUUCCUGUGCAAUCGUAACCGUUCAGGGCUCCCUGAGCAACAACUGUGCGUGGCGUUUACGCCAAUGGCUACGUGUUGCAAGUGCGAAGGGGCACCGCAGUUGCUGGGAUUUCUUUCCGAAAUAUUAUUAUGAGCAGUUCGGUACUGAUGCAUCUGAUUGGUGUCAGCUCCAUACGUUGGGCCCACUCUUGUUAUAUACAGGUAUUUAGUUUGGCCAUAGUUAACGUGAGGCCGCCCGCGUGGCGCCGGCGCCCUACCCUUUAGAUGAAAACUAACAAUUAAAAUACUAAAUCUGGCCUUGCGGGGCAAAACCGGGCACCCCACACCCGGUGAA